AUGUCCGUGACAGUGCGCCAUCUGAACGCCGAUAGCACCUUCCUCCUCAUAUUCUCUCCGGAAACGCACCCUGUACUCUCUGACCUGACCUCAGUGAACGGUGCCUACAGUGUCCUCGUCGACCCAUGGCUCGUCGGCUCCUCUGUGGUCACGGCCAGUUGGUUUGCGAUCACGAAGCGCACCCUCCCAAGCGCAAUUGAACACCUGUCGGAAAUUGAGGAGCCGGAUAUUGUGGUCGUAUCGCAAAAUAAGCCCGAUCAUUGCCACAAGGAGACACUGCGUCAGUUGAGACCAGGCACGAAGAGCAUCAUCGUUGCAGAGCCAGCCGCAGCCAAGGCCAUCAAGAGCUGGAACCACUUCGACCCGAACCGAGUGCAUGGUCUGAUAAAAUACAACGAGAAGAAGAGGUUCGAGAACUCAUUUCGCCUUCGAAUCCCGCCGCUAUCCGCUGAAGGUCAUGCUGGAGAGAUCUGUAUCAGCUUCAUCCCAGCGAAGAACUACAUGACCGGCCUGCAUAACGCGUUUGGCAUAACGUACACCCCGCCCUCACGCAGUCAGUCAAUCGCGCCCGUGCCGACCAUCGAUCUGCCGAAAACGACUCGAUACUUCCAUCUCCCUACAAGUCCUGUCACACUCCCGCCGACCAGUCCGCAACGGCUGUUCUCACCCCUGAUAGGUCGUCCGGUAUCGCUGGACGAGCCACUCAAGGUAAAGAAAGGUCAUCGGCCGCAGCUUUCCAGAUCAUCCAACACAGCGUCCUCGGAGUUUCUGCCACUCUCGGAGCAGGUGCGACUCAGCUCUCACGGUUCCGAUAUUGGUGGCCAGAGCCCCAGACUUGAGCUGCCACAUCACACGGUGAUCAAACAGAAAUCUGAGCCUUUCUUGACGAAGGAGGCACUGUUUGAUUUCGGGAUUGAUAUGCCGAAUUACGACUUUGAUCAGGUUGAAGCGCUUCCGACCCCACCUGAUUCGCCGAACACUUCGGAUUACCAGAAUUCAAUCUUCUCGCAUCGAAAGUCAUCAGCGCCUACGCAACAACAAUCCAUCUCUUCACUCGCCUCGCAGCCGUCAUUAGUCUCACCAAUUACUCCAGCAAGGCCCAAACCUCUGUCGAUCAUCUACUCGCCCCACGGACUGCCGUUCGCUGACCUGGAACCAUACAUUCGAUCACAUCUGGUCAGGAUAGGUGCUUUACCGCUGACAGUCCUUCUACACUCAUUCGAUCAUGCGCAGAACCCAUGGUAUCUUGGUGGAAACAUCAUGGCUGGAGCUGCUGGCGGUGCUAAGAUAGCUCGCGCGUUGAUGGCACGAAGCUGGAUCAGCGCUCACGAUGAGCAAAAGGACGACCGGGGCGUGAGCGUAAAGCAGCUUAAGAUCAGACGUGCGGAGGCCGAUGAGGUUCGAAAGACGCUCUGGGAUGGCGAUGACGGCUCGUGGCUGCGUCAGAAGGGCUGGAUUUGCGAUGUUCGAAGCCUCGACGUUGGCAAGGAAAUGACGAUUGGUCAAACUCGAGAUCUGUUGAGCGGAAUUAAGCGGGAAAGCCGGCUGCUGAAGUUUGGUAUGGGCUGA